GGAUGGGAUGUGAAGCAUCCUCCGCCACAUGAUUAUAUAUCUUCAGGAAAUACUACUCGCCUCCUCCAUUUUUAGGUGUCUGCUGCGUACGGUCAUUUCAGGCCCUUUUCCUCCCUUCUUCUCUCUGUCCACCAUCGUGGCAGCCGUCGUCCGAUCUGUGUGUACGAUUGCUACUGGCGUCUCCCUCUGCUUUCGAACCAACUCUUGAUUCAGUCCGAGGUACUUUCUGGGUUUUACUUCAAAUCAACAACACCUGAUCCCAUCUGCUUCCAUGAAUUUAUUGCUUUUUGUUUCUUACUCCUUUCUGUAAUGCGAGUUUUUCUGCUUCUCUGCACUUGAAAGUGAUAUUUUUCUGGAAUCAUUGACCGGUUGUUUGUAAUAUGUCUGUUCUGCGCUGGGAUUUGAUCUCCCUAUGGGUAGUGGGUUCACUGAUUCGGAUGUGAUAAUAGUUUAGAGUGAACUGCGUACACAGGGAUCCGGAAUGAAAUAAGAUCAUGGGUUCUUGCAUUUGUUUCAUAAUUGCAGAUAUUGGCUUUUUUAAUUCCUGAUUGAAGAUACUGUUUUAUGCAGUUUUAUUAUUCCUUAUUGCUGGUAUAAUUUGUCAGGACAAAAAGAAUACACAUGACAUGAAUCUGUGAAGGUAAAACAAUAUUGGAAGCCUGUAAAACCUGAAACUCCAUCUCAUCAUGUCGGAGAGCAUUGCACAAUCAUAUCAAGAGUGUGAUGAGAGAACUGGGCAAUCUAUGUAUCCAAUUCAAUCUGUGUGGGUAACACGAUGGGUUGGAACAAGUCAAAAUGCAACUCCACAAGCCAGCAAUAUUCCCAAUUAUCCUUUCGAGAACAAGAAGAAAAGGGAUGAAGUUGAACUGGGGAGUGCUGGGGAUGUAAGUAAAUUUGGAACUCAAACACAUGAAGUGGUUAAUGAGAGUUUGAGAAGUGUUUCUGGAAACAUAAGAGUGGAAACCUCUACUCAUACCUCCACCACUAUGUCGAUUCCCUGCAGAAAUGGGUUAUCCUUACGGGGUUGUCAAGAAACUCAAGGAUGUCUCACUGCUAAGCCUCUUUAUGAUCUAAACCCUACUUCUGCAAGUGGCGUUUCAUCAGCUAAGAACUCUUGUGGUCCAGCUGCAAAUCCUACCCGACAGGUGAAACCUCAUUCGUUCUUCAGACACAGCCAUACUGUUGCAUCAGGACCUUCUGCGGGCAAUUGCAUGGAAUCAGCUUCACAUAUUGUGCCAUACAGAUUUGGUUAUGGAAAGUUUAAAGAUGAUGCCAGCCUGAGUGAGAUGCCAUUGCUUAUGGACAGUAGACCUUCUAAACCUAAUAUUCCAAGGAGUAAUAGCAUUAAAAUUCUUGAAGAUAAGCAUAGUAACUAUGACAGCCAGCUGGAAAAUGAAAGUCAACCACUGAAAGUCAAUGGGGACUGGUUCAAGAAGUUGCAGAAUGGGUCUCGUUUGGCAGCGUUAAAAAACAACUGCACUCCUUUAGAAGAGUCUGAACCAAACAAGGCACUAAACAACAAUUGCAUUCCGGAAAAGUUGACUCACUCUUUGCAUGACAUGAAGACAAUGAGAAUAUGCACUACAGUGGACUCUGUUGUGGGAUUAACAGGAUGUUAUCCUAGAUUCUCUCAGACAACACACAGUUUGUUAGUCAUGAAGGAAUCCGAUGUGAAUGCCUGCAAAGAGAAUCAAACCAUCAGCACUUCUAGAACAAGUAAUGAGUUCAAUAAAAAGAUAUUCAAUGAUUUUUUGUGUCAGAAACAGCAAGGUGUAAAGCUUCAACUUCUUGAAAGCUCCAAUGCCAGUGAGCUUGAAGAAGAAGGUGUCCAACCUUUAGAAGUUGAUGCAAAGAAUGAAUCAUCCGCUGACACUGAUGCCAUGGACUUCGAUGCCUUUCCCGGAAAGGCCAAGCUCUUAGGUACAUACUUAAAUAGAUCUAUUCACUUUUCGUUAAGAAGUCCUCAUUUGCAGUUUUAUACUCCUAUGACUUAGAUAUCUAUGAUGUGUUGAUAUGCUAAAUAUUCUACUUAAGUAAUCUAGAAUAUUUAUUUUAGUAUGUAUUUGGUGUAAUUAAUUCUUUGCUUUUAUUGCUGCAGGUAUCAAUUUUUCCUCAUUAUUAAAGAAGGAGUGUGAAAAGUACCAAAACUUGUGUCAACUUACACUUAUGGAUCAAGUGGGAUCUGAUGGCGUUAAGAAGAGUAGGCUAUUACCUAAGAAUAAUAAGAACUCCUCACACCCCCCUGACAUUCAUCAGUCUGAAGCAACCUCAGCAGACCAUUUGGAUUUAAGUUCAAACACACAAAGUUUGGAUAUGGAAUCACUUGUUAUCGGUUUCAAUGACCAACACGGUAACUCUAAACCAGACGUGUUUCAUCAAUCCAAUCUUCCAGGACAAGAUUCAAGUAGCAGUUUCGUGAAGCGUUUGAAAUUGAGCAAUCUUUACGCUUUUGCUCUUGGGACAAGGAGUACAAACGCAAAAGAAGAUUUACCUCAUGAGAAGCAGCACAACAGGUUUCGUGGUCAAACAUGCUCUGAACCGAUGACUAGUAAAAACAAAGGUAAAGAAUGGAUAGUUCAAGAUAAAUGUACUAGGAAAGGUGGCGGUGACUCUUCUUCUACAGCAAACAUGAGAGGAAAACUGACUUCAUACCCGUGGAUCCAGAGGUUGCUCCGUGAUAAAGGAACCACCAACGGUGUUGUUCCGGAUGUGGUGGUGGAGGGUUAUGAUGCAGGGAGUUCAGAAUUGAAAGUUGAGGAAAUUCAGAAGAGACAUUUUCCCAGCAUAGCUGCCAUGGCGUUGAUGGCGAAAGGCAUGAAGGGGUUGCACCCUUGUCAGUUUCAGAAGAAGGGCUCUUUUGUAGUUUGGAACAAUAGUGGUGGCUUAUGAAUAAAGAAAAGAACUUCCGGUUAUGGUGCGCUAUUAGUGAUGGUUACUCAGCGGGCCCUCGUAUAUUCAAGAAAAUCUUCACUUAUUGUCCCAUGAUUACUAGGUCUAUACUACUUUCUGGUUUCAGGCAUUCAGUUUUCCACUUCUGUUUACUGAAUAUGGAAUUUUUUGUCACGGUUGGUCCUGACGAUUCAUCCAAUCAAUUUUUCACACAGUUUUUGAUUGAUUGCUGCUAUGUAAAUUGCUAGAAGGGGUGGAACUUGACAUGGAAUUCAUAGUCAUAUCAUUCAUCAAAAGUGGAAAAGCAAUGAAAGUUGAGGACUUAAGGUGGGUUUUCCUAAUAAAGGCGUGUAUAGGAGUUUGCAUGACCUAAUAACAACUGGUCUUAGGAAGUAUCUUUCUUUUUCGUUUUGGCUUCUUGUAAUUGCUUGAAGGGUCCCUGAAUAUUCAAGCCACAGGGUGCAAAAGAAUCAUUAUUCUGGUUAUGCAUUUGAGCAGCAAGUGGCUGUCUGUUCAUUAUUUGUACGAAGGAAAUGUUUUUUACUGUGAUGACUUUGAAAAUGUAUUAUGUUGCAGUAAAUAUUUUUUUUCUAUCGUGGGAGUGUGAUAGAAGUCAUAGAACUGAUAGAUAUUGGAUGUAGUUUUGGAAGAAGUAAUUUUGUAUUACAAUUUACAAAAGUAUGAUUGCAUUAGUGGUUGAUGUUAAUACAAAAGUAUGAUUGCAUUACUGGUUGAUGUUAAUACGGG